GGACGCCAGGUUCCAGUCCUGGCCCCCCUGCAAUCCCCCCAACAGAACAGGGUCAUGAAAAGAGGCCGCCCGGCGGGGCCCGCAGGCGAUGCGCGGUGCCGGUGGCCCCCGCGGCCCUCGGGGCCCCGCUAAGAUGUUGCUGCUGCUGGCGCUGGCCUGCGCCAGCCCGUUCCCGGAGGAGGCGCCGGGGCCGGGCGGGGCCGGCGGGCCCGGCGGGGUCCCCGGGGGGGCGCGGCCGCUCAACGUGGCGCUGGUGUUCUCGGGGCCGGCGUACGCGGCCGAGGCGGCGCGCCUGGGGCCGGCCGUGGCAGCGGCCGUGCGCAGCCCGGGCCUGGACGUGAGGCCCGUGGCGCUGGUGCUCAACGGCUCGGACCCGCGCAGCCUCGUGCUGCAGCUCUGCGACCUGCUGUCGGGGCUGCGCGUGCACGGCGUUGUCUUCGAGGACGACUCGCGCGCGCCCGCCGUCGCGCCCAUCCUCGACUUCCUGUCGGCGCAGACCUCGCUGCCCAUCGUGGCCGUGCACGGCGGCGCCGCGCUCGUGCUCACGCCCAAGGAGAAGGGCUCCACCUUCCUGCAGCUGGGCUCCUCCACCGAGCAACAGCUUCAGGUCAUCUUUGAGGUGCUGGAGGAGUACGACUGGACGUCCUUUGUAGCGGUGACCACGCGUGCCCCCGGCCAUCGCGCCUUCCUAUCCUACAUAGAGGUGCUGACUGACGGCAGCCUGGUGGGCUGGGAGCACCGCGGAGCACUGACGCUGGACCCCGGGGCUGGCGAGGCCGUGCUGAGCGCCCAGCUCCGCAGCGUCAGUGCGCAGAUCCGCCUGCUCUUCUGCGCUCGUGAGGAGGCCGAGCCUGUGUUCCGGGCAGCCGAGGAGGCUGGCCUCACUGGGCCUGGCUACGUCUGGUUUAUGGUGGGGCCCCAGCUGGCUGGAGGCGGGGGCUCUGGGGCCCCUGGUGAGCCCCCUCUUCUGCCAGGAGGCGCCCCCCUGCCUUCUGGGCUGUUUGCAGUGCGCUCAGCUGGCUGGCGGGAUGACUUGGCCCGGCGUGUGGCAGCUGGUGUGGCCGUAGUGGCCAGAGGUGCCCAGGCCCUGCUGCGUGACUAUGGUUUCCUGCCUGAGCUUGGCCAUGACUGUCGCGCCCAGAACCGCACCCACCGUGGGGAGAGUCUGCACAGGUACUUCAUGAACAUUACCUGGGAUAACCGGGAUUACUCCUUCAAUGAGGAUGGCUUCCUGGUGAACCCCUCCCUGGUGGUCAUCUCCCUCACCAGAGACAGGACGUGGGAGGUGGUGGGCAGCUGGGAGCAGAAGACUCUCCGCCUCAAGUACCCGCUAUGGUCCCGCUAUGGUCGCUUCCUACAGCCAGUGGAUGACACGCAGCACCUCACAGUGGCCACACUCGAGGAGAGGCCCUUUGUCAUUGUGGAGCCUGCAGACCCCAUCAGUGGCACUUGCAUCCGAGACUCCGUCCCCUGCCGGACCCAGCUCAACCGGACCCACAGCCCUCCCCUGGAUGCCCCUCGCCCGGAGAAGCGGUGCUGCAAGGGCUUCUGCAUCGACAUUCUGAAGCGGCUGGCGCACACGAUCGGCUUCAGCUACGACCUCUACCUGGUCACCAACGGCAAGCACGGGAAGAAGAUCGACGGCGUCUGGAACGGCAUGAUCGGCGAGGUGUUCUACCAGCGUGCGGACAUGGCCAUUGGCUCUCUCACCAUCAACGAGGAGCGCUCUGAGAUCGUGGACUUCUCUGUUCCUUUCGUAGAGACGGGCAUCAGCGUCAUGGUGGCACGCAGCAACGGCACCGUGUCCCCCUCGGCCUUCCUGGAGCCCUACAGCCCUGCCGUGUGGGUGAUGAUGUUCGUCAUGUGCCUCACCGUGGUCGCCGUCACUGUUUUCAUCUUUGAGUACCUCAGUCCCGUGGGCUACAACCGCAGUCUGGCCACGGGCAAGCGCCCUGGAGGCUCAACCUUCACCAUUGGGAAAUCCAUCUGGCUGCUCUGGGCCCUGGUGUUCAAUAACUCGGUGCCUGUGGAGAACCCCCGGGGAACCACCAGCAAAAUCAUGGUGCUGGUGUGGGCCUUCUUCGCCGUCAUCUUCCUCGCCAGCUACACAGCCAACCUGGCCGCCUUCAUGAUCCAGGAGGAGUAUGUGGACACCGUGUCUGGGCUCAGUGACCGCAAGUUCCAGCGGCCCCAGGAGCAGUACCCGCCCCUGAAGUUUGGGACUGUGCCCAAUGGGUCCACGGAGAAAAACAUCCGCAGCAACUAUCCCGACAUGCACAGCUACAUGGUGCGCUACAACCAGCCCCGCGUAGAGGAAGCGCUCACUCAGCUCAAGGCAGGGAAGCUGGAUGCCUUCAUCUAUGACGCAGCCGUGCUCAACUACAUGGCCCGCAAAGAUGAGGGCUGCAAGCUCGUCACCAUCGGCUCUGGCAAGGUCUUUGCCACGACAGGCUAUGGCAUCGCCCUGCACAAGGGCUCCCGCUGGAAGCGGCCCAUCGACCUGGCGCUGCUGCAGUUCCUGGGAGACGAUGAGAUCGAGAUGCUGGAGCGCCUAUGGCUCUCAGGGAUCUGCCACAAUGACAAAAUUGAGGUGAUGAGCAGCAAGCUGGACAUCGACAACAUGGCAGGUGUCUUCUACAUGCUCCUGGUGGCCAUGGGCCUCUCCCUGCUGGUCUUCGCCUGGGAGCACCUGGUGUACUGGCGCCUGCGGCAUUGCCUGGGGCCCUCCCACCGCAUGGACUUCCUGCUGGCCUUCUCCAGGGGCAUGUACAGCUGCUGCAGCGCCGAGGCCGCCCCGCCGCCAGCCAAGCCCCCGCCGCCGCCGCAGCCUCUGCCCAGCCCCGCGUACCCCGCGGCGCGGCCGGCGCCCGGCCCAGCGCCCUACGUGCCCCGAGAGCGCGCUGCUGCGGUGGACCGCUGGCGCCGGGCCAAGGGCCCGGGGCCGCCGGGGGCCGCGGGCCUGGCCGACGGCUUUCACCGCUACUACGGCCCCAUUGAGCCGCAGGGCCUGGGCCUCGGUCUGGGCGAGGCAAGGGCGGCGCCCCGGGGCGCGGCCGGGCGCCCGCUGUCCCCGCCGGCCGCGCAACCCCCGCAGAAGCCGCCGCCCUCCUACUUCGCCAUCGUGCGCGACAAGGAGCCAGCCGAGCCCCCAGCCGGUGCUUUUCCUGGCUUCCCCUCGCCGCCUGCGCCCCCCGCCGCCGCAGCCACAGCCGUCGGACCGCCCCUCUGCCGCCUGGCCUACGAGGACGAGAGCCCGCCGGCGCCCGCCCGCUGGCCACGCUCGGACCCCGAGAGCCAGCCCCUGCUGGGGCCCGGCGCGGGCGGUGCGGGAGGCGCGGGGGGAGCGGGCGGCGGAACCCCGGCCGCACCACCGCCUUGCCGCGCCGCGCCGCCCCCCUGCCCAUACCUCGACCUCGAGCCUUCGCCGUCGGACUCGGAGGACUCGGAGAGCCUGGGCGGCGCGUCGCUGGGCGGCCUGGAGCCCUGGUGGUUCGCCGACUUCCCCUACCCGUACGCCGAGCGCCUCGGGCCGCCGCCCGGCCGCUACUGGUCGGUCGACAAGCUCGGGGGCUGGCGCGCCGGCAGCUGGGACUACCUGCCCCCGCGCAGCGGUCCAGCCGCCUGGCACUGCCGCCACUGCGCCAGCCUGGAGCUGCUGCCACCGCCGCGACACCUCAGCUGCUCGCACGACGGCCUGGACGGCGGCUGGUGGGCGCCGCCGCCCCCGCCCUGGGCGGCUGGGCCCCCGCCUCGACGCCGGGCCCGCUGCGGGUGCCCGCGGCCGCACCCUCACCGCCCGCGGGCCUCGCACCGCGCGCCCGCAGCUGCGCCACCGCACCACCACCGCCACCGGCGCGCCGCGGGGGGCUGGGACCUCCCGCCGCCCGCGCCCACCUCGCGCUCGCUCGAGGACCUCAGCUCGUGUCCCCGCGCCGCCCCGGCGCGCAGGCUCACGGGGCCCUCCCGCCACGCUCGCAGGUGCCCACACGCCGCACACUGGGGGCCGCCGCUGCCCGCAGCGCCCCACCGGAGACACCGGGGUGGGGACCUGGGCACCCGCAGGGGCUCGGCGCACUUCUCCAGCCUCGAGUCCGAGGUAUGACGCGGCCCCGGGGGCCCCACCGCCCCCUUGGUCAGCGCAGGCCACGGCCCGAGGGGGCGCGCGGAGGGGACAGGACCCGUGUGGGUUGGGAAGGAAAACAAUGGAACUGGCGGGACCCCGCCUGGAGCAGCGUCCUGUGCCCCCUUGCUUUGGGGAAACCGCGAGCCGGAAAGGAUUUGGUCCCCCAAGUCUCGCCCAGACUGAGAGCGAGGGGGCCGGGGUCUCAGAGCCCACUGAACCUUUUUAUAAACCCUACAAGGGCUUUUUAACGUCACCAGAUGGGGCGGGAGGUUGGGGGGGGGUCACGCCACGCCCGCGCCCCACCCCACACCCGGGGCCGUGGCCCCCACAUCACUGUGCAGCUCCCCGGCCCCAGCCACGCCUCCGGGGAAGCCCGUUUUUAACCUUUCAUCCACCGGGACUCAAAAACCUGUGAGACGCGUUCGCCAAACUGUGACCCCAGAUCUUGGCCCCGCCACACAGAAACCCCUGACCCCAGACUGUGACUUCCAACUCCUAAAAUGGUCAUCCGACCCCAGACUGUGACCCCUGACCCCAAACUGUGCCCCCAACCAGACUGUGACCCUUGACAUCAAACCGUGACAUCAAACCCUUCUUCCUUUUCCAUCCUCAGCCGCUUUUCCCUACUUUGACCUAGGACACGUCCCCAACGCAAGCCCCGCCUUCCCCUGCCCCGCGAUGAUCCCAAUCUUCCUCAAGCCAAAACUUCCCACCCGGCCUCACCUCCUUACCACCCCAGGUGCCACCAGCCACAUCCUCUCCAGAUCCCACCCUUUGUUGUGACCCUUCAGUCAUGACCCAGCAGACUCUCAAAAGCUUCCUCUUCCCAGAUCUCCAGCAGGGUCUGGGGCUGGGUUGUGGAGGGGAGGGUAUGGGAAUCCACACUUCACCACCAACCUCCCUUCCCACUCUCCUGUUCCACACUGCAGUGUUUGGAAUAAACCAUGUUUUUAUGCCUCCUCA